CACAGCCCUCAAUGGUACGGAGUAGGAACCAAAACGCUUGUAUUAUCUCUUAUGGAUCAGAAUGUCAUAUCUUGUUCAAAACUGAAAAUGUCUAAAACUUAUCCUUGAUUUUAUUUGUUAAUACAAUAACCAAAUCAUUUAAAUCAAAUUGAUCUCAACAACCAAGGUAGUUUAGUGUUAGGUAGAACCUUCUUUGGAAAUAGUUAUGAGUUAUGACUCCUGGUUCCAGAUCUGGUAGCUACGGGAUGGUAAUUACAACUUUAUAAUAAACUAUAUAGUCGCAUAGAUGAAAAAUUGAAUAUAUGCGAAGAUUAGCAAAAGGGUUCUCCCAAAACUAUAAUUAAUACUUUGCUUUCUCCAUAUGACAAAACAUUCUUCUCCUUUAGACUCUUCUUCAAUCCUAUUUAUAUAUUCAUCCUUCUGAUUCAUUCUUCAAUCUUAUUCAUUGAUCUGAGUUAUUUUACUUGCUCUUUCAAAGCUUGACAAUGGCAGUGAACGUCGAUGCAGAGUACCUCAAAGAGAUAGAGAAGACUCGUAGAGACCUUCGAGCUCUCAUCUCUUCCAGAAACUGUGCUCCCAUUAUGCUCCGUCUUGCAUGGCAUGAUGCAGGAACCUAUGAUGCCAAGAAGAAAACCGGAGGUCCCAAUGGAUCAAUCAGGUUCAAGGAAGAGCUAACCCGUCCACACAACAAGGGUUUGGAGAAGGCAGUCGCUUUUUGCAGUGAGUUUAUGAUCAAACCUUUCCUCCGUUGCUACUACUCUUCAGGACCUGACAAUAAACGGUUGCUGUUUCCUUUGAUGUCUAAAUUUUGGUUUCUAAUUUCAGAGGAAGUAAAGGCUAAGCAUCCACGAGUCUCUUACGCAGACCUCUAUCAGCUCGCUGGAGUUGUUGCAGUGGAGGUUACUGGGGGCCCUGCAAUCCCAUUUACACCAGGCCGUAAGGAUGCUGAUUCCCCGGACGACGGAGAACUUCCAAAUCCAAAUGAAGGUGCCUCACAUUUAAGAACUCUCUUCUCUCGUAUGGGUCUAUCGGAUAGAGACAUUGUGGCUCUCUCUGGAGGUCACACUUUGGGGCGUGCACAUAAGGAGAGGUCAGAUUUCGAAGGUCCUUGGACACAAGAUCCUCUCAAGUUUGAUAACUCAUAUUUCGUAGAGCUUCUAAAAGGGGAAACUCCUGGAUUGCUACAACUGAAAACCGACAAGGCUCUACUUGAUGAUCUAAAGUUCCACCCUUUUGUUAAGCUGUAUGCAAAGGACGAGGAUAUGUUCUUCAAAGCCUAUGCAAUUUCACACAAGAAACUCUCAGAACUAGGAUUUAAUCCGCCAAGAAGAAUUCCUUCAGCAGUGACGGAGCAGACGCUUGGAAUCGCUGUUGCUGCAGCUGUGGUGAUCUUUACCAUAUGCUACGAAGCAAGCAGAAGAGGCAAGUGAGGAGGUUUCACAGAUGCGUAAAAGGACAAGAGAAAAAUUUUCAAAUGUUAAUUGAAUGUAUGCAAUAAAUAGAAAGAUUCAUGCAAUGUUACCUCCAUGCUCCUUUUCAAGCUUCAGUGCUUUGGAAUUGUCCCAGAAUUAUGGAUGUUACAUAGCAGUA